AUGAUCCAAAACGUAAAAGCCAGGCGCCAGGCUCAGUUAGCGCGAGCAGAAAAGGCGAAUUAACUUAGUUUAUACUACUCUAUUGACAGCAAGAUGUCACUAUUAGAGUAUGAGAAUGAGAUGUUUCUCAAUGCAUUUCAAGAAGAUGGAUUACUAGUGGUUGCAAGAGGCCUGGGUAUUUCUCGACUGAUGCUGAAUUUCCUCAAGCUCUACUGUGAUCCUGGGAAUCUGGUCUUGGUUGUCAACACCAACGAUUAUGAAGAGAAUUAUCUUAUUGAAGAACUGGAUAAACUGGGCAUCAAGCCCCUUCCAAAGAUCAUCACCAACGAGUAUGGAACUAAUGAAAGGACAGGUGUGUACAUGCAGGGAGGAGUUCUCUUUGUAUCAUCCAGGAUCCUUGUGGUUGAUCUCCUCACAGAGAGACUACCUGCUCAUCUUGUUACUGGUAUCAUCGUCAACAAGGCUCACAAGAUCAUCGAUUCCUGCCAGGAAGCUUUCAUCCUCCGUCUAUACCGUCAGAAGAACAAGAUGGGAUUCAUCAAGGCUUUCUCAGACCAACCCCAAACCUUUGCUGCAGGGCUGUGUAAGCUAGAGAGAGUGAUGAGAAACCUCUUUGUCAGAAAGCUCUACCUCUGGCCCAGGUUCCAUGCAGCAGUACAGGCAUUGAUGGAACGACACAAGCCUGAGGUGAUAGAGCUGCAGCUGACGAUGACCCCUGCCAUGGUCUCCAUUCAGAUGUCCAUACUAGAUAUCAUAGGAGCAUGCAUCAAAGAGGUCAAACAGGUCAACCCAUCAUUGGACUCUGAUGAUCUGACCGUUGAGAAUGCCAUUGGUAAGAAGUCUCUAACCAAUGUCAUUAGAAGACAACUGGAUCCUAUCUGGCACACACUGUCCUCCAAGACAAAGCAACUUGUCAGUGAUUUGAAGCUCCUACAGAUGCUUCUAUUCUAUCUGACUCAGUAUGAUUGUGUGACGUUCUACAACUUUCUCAAGACUCUCAGGGGAAAUGAGCGUGCUAUGGCUAACAAUACAGGCUGGUUGUUCUUGGAAGCUGCAGAGAUGAUGUUCGUGCAUGCCAAGAGGAGGAUAUAUGGAGACCCAUCAGACACUAAAAACAAGAAACAAAAGACAGACAAGAAGGAGACUGCUACUAACACCAAGCAGACACAGAGAGGGCUUCUGUUAGAGGAGAAUCCUAAGUGGAGGAUGCUUUCUGAGGUCCUAGAGGAGAUCAGACAGGAGAAUACAGGAGAUACCUCAGGGCGUGUGUUGAUCUGUGCCAGUGAUGAUAGGACCUGUGCCCAGCUCAGGGAGUACCUCUGUGAUGGUUCCUAUGCUCUGCUACAGAGACUCUAUCAGAAGACACUUGGAGCAGGGCAGCCAUUCACUGCUACUGCUGCUCAGGCCUCUGGCUCAUCAACCUCCAAUGUAGGAGGGAGGGAUGCCAGAGGAAGGGGCAAAGGUGAAAGGUCAGGAUUAGGAAAGGUCAAGAGGAAGCGGGAAGAUGAUGAAGUGACCCUGACCCAGAUAGCAAGGAAAGUCGGCCAUCUCCAAGGCGGACAGGAUGAGGACGGUGAAGGUGAUGAGGAUGAUUCUCAGAGAGCUAGGAUACCUAGUACCAGAUCAGUGGAUGUUGAUGAUGAGAUAGAGCUAUCAUCGAUUGAAGCAUACUACAACAUUGAGACCACACCCAUCACUGUCAUACACCCUCUCCAUGGUUGCAGAGAUCCCUACAGUUUGACUAAGACCCUACACGAGCUAGAGCCAAGAUAUGUUAUCCUGUAUGAUGCAGAGAUACAGUUUGUUAGACAACUAGAGGUAUUCAAGGCCUGCAGACCUAACCAUCCUCUCAGAGUAUAUUUCCUCAUCUACUCUGGAUCCACUGAAGAACAGAAAUACCUCACAUCACUCAGAUAUGAGAAAAGUGCCUUUGAGAAUCUCAUCAAAGAGAAGUCUACCAUGGUGCUUCCUGCAGAUAUAGAUGGGAAGGACGACAGCGCUCGUGAGCUAUCACGUGACCCGGCGUUACCGUCGGCGUCUAGCUCAAGGAAUGCAGGGGGUCAAGCGAUGGUAACGCAAGGACAGAAAAAGAUUAUUGUUGACAUGAGAGAGUUCCGCAGUGAGCUGCCAUCUUUGAUUCACAAGAGAGGUAUCGACAUCGAACCAGUCACCAUAGAGGUUGGAGACUACAUAUUGACCCCUGACAUCUGUGUGGAGCGUAAGAGCAUCAGUGAUCUGAUUGGUUCGUUGGCCAAUGGUAGACUCUAUAACCAGGCUCUAUCCAUGACACGAUUCUACAAGAGACCAGUACUACUCAUCGAGUUCAACCCUAAUAAAUCAUUUGCUCUCCAGACCCAGUCUACCAUGUCCAAUGAGAUCUCGUACCAGAACCUAUCCUCCAAGCUGACGUUGCUAACGCUUCACUUCCCUAAGCUUCGUAUCCUGUGGUGUCCCAGUCCACACGCUACAGCAGAACUCUUUGAAGAACUCAAGAUUGGAAGAUCCGAGCCUGAUGCUGCCAUAGCGGCUAGCAUCACAGUUGAAGAGGAAGGAGCAGGAGAAGGGGGUGACGAAUCAUCCCCUCUCACCAAACAGAUGUACAACCAUGCUCCUUAUGAUAUGCUGCUUAAGCUACCAGGCAUCAACAUCAAGAACUGUUGGCGGAUCAUGAGGAACUUGACGGACCUGACCGAGCUGGUCUCGCUGUCUCAGGAGCGACUAGGUGAGAUCCUAGCCCAUCAAGGGAAUGCCAAGUUCCUCUGGGAGUUCCUGCACAAGGAAGGAGGAGGCGAGGCAGAGGGGACCACCAACAAACCAGGUGGUGGAGGGGGGAAGUUUGCAGGGAGGGGUAGGUUUGGGAGGGGCGGGCGAGGGUUUGGCGGGAGUGGAGGGAGAGGGUUUGGUGGGAGUGGUAGAGGGAGGGCAGGAAGAGGAGGACGAGGAGGGAGAUGA